CGAGGGGACCUCGGCGACUGUGGGCGGCGGGCAGCGCCCCGGGUCCAGGACCGCAGCUCGCGGUGGGCGCGGCGGGCGCUUCCCAUGGCCGGGCCCGGGGCCGGGCGCGCAGGGAGCCGACAGGCAUGCCCCGGACCCUGAACACCUCCGACAUGGUCACUCCAGGCAGCCUUGGCCCACCCCCCACCAAGCCCACGGAUGGCGAGCCGGUCGGGCAAUCCCUCCUGGAUGGAGCUCCCUUGUCAGCCUCCCUGGACACCCUGAUCCAGCACCUGGUGCCCACGACUGACUACUACCCUGAGAAAGCCUACAUCUUCACCUUCCUUCUGAGCUCCCGCCUUUUCAUCGAGCCCCAGGAGCUCCUGGCCCGAGUCUGCCACCUGUGCAUUGAGCAGCAACAGCUGGACCAGCCAGUGCUGGACAAGGCCCGGGUCCAGAAGUUUGGCCCCAAACUGCUCCAGUUGCUGGCCGAAUGGACGGAGACAUUCCCGCGGGACUUCCAGGAGGAGUCGACCAUUGGGCACCUGAAGGAUGUGAUGGGCCGCAUUGCCCCCUGUGAUGAGGCCUACCGAAAGAGGAUGCAUCAGCUCCUACAGGCUCUGCACCAGAAGCUGGCGGCUCAGGGCCAGGGCCCAGAAGGCGUGCUGGGUGCCGACAAACCCAUCUCCUACAGGACCAAGCCGCCAGCCUCCAUCCACAGGGAGCUUCUUGGCAUCUGCAGUGACCCCUACACUCUGGCCCAGCAGCUGACCCAUGUGGAGCUGGAACGGCUGCGGCACAUCGGGCCUGAAGAGUUUGUCCAGGCUUUUGUGAACAAGGACCCUCUGGCCAGCACAAAGCCUUGUUUCAGUGAGAAGACUACUAAUCUGGAGGCUUAUGUGAAAUGGUUCAACAGAUUGUGCUACCUCGUGGCAACUGAGAUCUGCAUGCCGGCCAAGAAGAAGCAGAGGGCCCAGGUGGUGGAGUUCUUCAUCGAUGUGGCCCGAGAGUGUUUCAACAUUGGCAACUUCAACUCUCUGAUGGCCAUCAUCUCCGGCAUGAACAUGAGCCCUGUCUCCAGGCUGAAGAAGACCUGGGCCAAAGUGAAGACGGCCAAGUUUUUCAUCCUUGAGCACCAGAUGGACCCAACAGGGAACUUCUGCAACUACAGAACAGCCCUGCGAGGAGCGGCCCACCGCUCCCUGACAGCCCACAGCAGCAGAGAGAAGAUUGUCAUUCCCUUCUUCAGCCUGCUCAUCAAAGACAUCUACUUCCUGAACGAGGGCUGCGCCAACCGCCUGCCAAACGGACAUGUCAACUUUGAGAAAUUUCUGGAGCUGGCCAAGCAGGUUGGAGAGUUCAUCACAUGGAAACAAGUAGAGUGUCCCUUUGAGCAAGACCCCAGCAUCACUCACUACCUGCACACCGCUCCCAUCUUCAGUGAGGAUGGUCUUUAUUUGGCUUCUUAUGAAAGUGAGAGCCCAGAGAACCAAACAGAAAAAGAGAGGUGGAAAUCUCUAAGCUGGAGGCUGCCCCUAUGGACUGUCAAGAUGAGCGUCCAGGCCCUGGAACUCCCAGUCUGUAUUUUUACGCCAGAAUGUGAGACAGCACCUCCUGUUUGUGCAGCCUGUAAACACAGCUGAGUGGAGGCUGGCGUGGACUCGCAACAGUGGGCUCUGAGGACUGAGCCAGGAGGGUUGUGUGGAACCCCUCUGGGGUGGGAGUCACCUGCCUAGCAGGUGACAUGC